AGAAACCCAUGGUCUUCAUAAGGUUUGAAAACCUAACAUCUGUUACAUGGCUAUCCACAAACUGCCCAAGUAACUGCCAUAGCUGGGCAGUUGGCGGUUUAUAACAACUUACAACAUCUUCCGGCAUACCUACAAAAACUCACGGAUACAAUCAACAUGGAUUUCAUCUUUCAUGAGAAACAGGAAGGUUUCUUGUGUGCUCAGCACUGUCUGAACAAUCUAUUGCAAGGAGAAUAUUUUAGCCCUGUGGAAUUAGCCUCAAUUGCACAUCAGCUAGAUGAAGAAGAGAGGAUGAGAAUGGCAGAAGGAGGAGUCACCAGUGAAGAGUAUCUCGCAUUUUUACAGCAGCCUUCAGAAAACAUGGAUGAUACCGGUUUCUUCUCCAUUCAGGGUGAUCUGCCAGACUGUGAAGCUGACCAACUCCUGCAGAUCAUCAGUGUCGAAGAGAUGGAUACACCAAAACUUAAUGGAAAAAAAUCAGUAAAAGAAAAAGAGCACAGAGUCUAUAAAACAGUCCUUGAAAAAGUGUCAGAAGAAAGUGAUGAGUCUGGAACAUCAGACCAAGAUGACGAGGAUUUUCAGAGGACCCUUGAACUAAGCCGCCAAGAAACCAAUAGAGAAGAUGAAGACCUCCGCAGGGCUAUUGAGCUAAGCAUGCAAGGUAGUUCUGGAAACACAUCGCAAGAUCUUCCAAAGACAUCAUGUGUAACUCCUGCUUCAGAACAGCCGAAGAAAAUAAAAGAGGACUAUUUUGAACAGCAUCAGCAGGAACAGAAGCUGCAGCAACAACAGUCAGAUCUGCCAGGUUACAGUUCAUAUAUACACGAAAGGCCAACAACAAGUUCGAGAGCAAUUGAGAGUGACCUCAGUGAUGACAUCAAUGAAGACACAGUACAGGCCGCUGUCGACACCGUUUUAGAAAUUAUGAGAAAGAAUCUGAAAAUCAAAGGAGAAAAAUAAUGCCUUUAAAAAUAAUUUAGAUAGUCAUACUUUCCAACAUUAUCCUGUGUGAUUAUACUAUAGGAUCCAUUCUGGUCAUCUGUCAAAGAGAUGAGGAAAUAAGGCUUUUAGACAGUUUGCAAACAAAAUGAUGAAAGAGACGUGAGACUAAAUAAUGAUCGUUCAACUACUAGCCAAGGAGACAUUCAGCAAUUAAUUAAAUUUAAAUUAGCUUUCAAAA